GAACAGAAACCAGCCCAAGAAUAUUGCCCCAGCGUUUAAAAGCCGCCGUGAAUUACCAACGAGUUCAACAGUUAAAACAGUGCAACGAAUAUCCCUAUUUGCAUCCCGAUGGCAUUCUGGAACGAAAGUGAUUCUGUUUAUAUGCGUAAAAUUGCGUGGUCUCGGGCAUUGAUUUUCCGGCUGAUCGAUGCGUAUCGCACUGAACCGAUGCUGUGGAAUCCCCACGAUCCAAACUUUAAGUACCGCGCAAAAAAGCGUGCCGCUGUGGCAAGGAUUGCUCAGGAUUUAAAGUUGCCCCUUCCAGCCGUGCGCCACAAACUGGACAUACUUAAAGGGACGUACCACAAGUACAGGCGGGCUCGUGAAGCGCGAGGUGGAGAAUUACCUGCCAGGAUUUGGUUCGCUUACGACCGGCUUUCGUUUUUGGCUCCAGAUUAUAAACCUGAGUUGGACGCCUCCAAUUUUACAACCGUUAAGAUGGAGCGUGAAGAGGAGACAACGUACACCAUAACAUACAACACUCAGAAGCAAAACAGUCAGCAAGAAACAAACCUGCCCCGAGACUACGAUCCUCCACCACCAUCCACUACACCAUCAGUGCAGAGGAGCCAACCGGAACAUUCGCAAUCCGUGGGAGAAAAUCUGCUACAGCUCAAAUACGAUGAUAGAGAAACGUAUACGUGGUCCCAUCUGUUGGCAUCAACCGUCGGUUUAAUGGUGCGCAAAGCCGGUCCACGACCCGAGCCGGAGAUGUGGCGACUCCAGGACUCAAUCGUCCAAUUGUUGCGCCGUUUCCAUAACGGCGAGUUUGCCGAGGAACCGCUAGAGGAAUCGCCAGGAAUGGUACACAAUAACGAUCUUUUUUAGGUUUGGUAUCAUAAUCACAUAUGCAUUUAUAUACCCUUUUAUGAAAUACUAAUGGAAAAUAAAAUUCGUUUCACGAGCA